AAGCGACCGAUCUGCAUUCUCUCGUCUCGGCUAGGGUUUCAAGUACAGUUCCGAGUUGAAAAAUCAAUGGCGACGAAGGCUACCAUGGUGAGCUCGGCCGGCGGGUUGCUGGCAAUGCUUAACGAGAGUCAUCCAGAGUUGAAGCUGCAUGCGCUCUCCAAUCUCAACAGAUUUGUUGACCAGUUUUGGCCGGAGAUCUCCACCAGUGUUCCUAUAAUAGAGAGUAUAUAUGAGGAUGAGGAAUUUGACCCGCACCAGAGACAACUUGCUGCAUUGCUUGUCUCUAAGGUCUUCUAUUAUUUGGGAGAACUGAAUGAUUCCUUGUCUUAUGCCCUUGGAGCUGGUUCCCUUUUUGAUGUUUCAGAGGAUUCUGAUUACGUUCAUACUCUUCUUGCCAAGGCAAUAGAUGAGUAUGCCAGCCUUAGGUCAAAAGCAGCAGAAUCAAAUGAUGAAGCAGCAAAUGUGGAUCCUAGGUUGGAGGCAAUUGUGGAGAGAAUGUUGGAUAAGUGUAUUGCAGAUGGAAAAUACCAACAGGCUAUGGGAGUUGCAAUAGAGUGUCGGAGACUAGAUAAGCUUGAAGAAGCAAUUACUAGGAGUGAUAAUGUUCCUGGAUCUUUAUCAUACUGCAUGAAUGUCUCCCAUUCAUUUGUGAAUCGUCGAGAGUAUCGGCGUGAGGUUCUUCAUCUUCUUGUUAAUGUAUUCCAAAAGUUGCCUUCGCCAGACUAUUUGAGCAUUUGUCAGGGUCAAAUGUUCUUGGAUGCACCUGAAGGUGUUGCUAGUAUCUUGGAAAAGCUUCUUCAAUCUGAGAAUAAGGAUGAUGCUCUAUUGGCAUUUCAAAUUGCCUUUGAUCUAGUAGAGAAUGAGCACCAGGCUUUUCUCCUAAAUGUCAGAGAUCGCCUUUCGGCUCCCAAGUCUCAACCCUUGGAAACUUCACAGCCAGGAUCCAGUGAUUCAGCAAUUGCUCAAAGUGAAAACUCUGCUAGCCAAGAGGAUGUUCAGAUGACAGAUAGACCUACUGGUACUACACAGGCACGUGAGGUUGAUCCAAAUGAUGUGAUGUAUUCAGAGAGGCUGAAAAAAAUCAGAGGAAUCUUGUCUGGAGAGACAUCAAUUCAGUUGACUCUACAAUUCUUAUACAGUCAUAAUAAAUCAGAUCUUCUAAUAUUAAAGACAAUAAAGCAGUCUGUUGAAAUGAGGAACAGUGUCUGUCAUAGCGCAACAAUAUAUGCAAAUGCAAUUAUGCAUGCUGGAACAACGGUAGAUACAUUCCUUCGGGAUAACCUGGACUGGCUGAGCAGAGCUACCAAUUGGGCCAAGUUCAGUGCAACAGCAGGGCUUGGUGUUAUUCAUAGAGGUCAUCUGCAGCAGGGUAGGUCUCUAAUGGCACCUUACCUGCCUCAGGGUGCGACAGGUGGUGGUGGUAGUCCAUAUUCUGAAGGUGGUGCACUUUAUGCUCUGGGUCUUAUUCAUGCCAACCAUGGGGAGGGCAUAAAGCAAUUUCUUCGUGAUAGCUUACGCAGUACGAAUGUAGAGGUUAUCCAGCAUGGUGCAUGCUUAGGUCUUGGUUUGGCAGCUCUAGGAACUGCUGACGAGGAUAUAUAUGAUGACAUCAAAAGUGUGCUUUAUACUGACAGUGCCGUUGCUGGUGAAGCUGCUGGUAUCAGUAUGGGUUUACUCAUGGUUGGAACUGCAAGUGAGAGGGCUAGUGAGAUGCUUGCUUAUGCACAUGAGACACAACAUGAAAAAAUCAUAAGGGGUUUGGCACUGGGGAUAGCUCUUACUGUUUAUGGAAGAGAAGAAGAGGCAGAUACAUUAAUUGAGCAGAUGACACGGGAUCAAGAUCCCAUACUACGUUACGGCGGUAUGUAUGCCUUGGCAUUGGCAUACAGUGGAACCGCAAAUAACAAGGCUAUUCGUCAGCUGCUGCAUUUUGCUGUAUCAGAUGUCAGUGAUGAUGUUAGGAGAACUGCUGUUCUAGCUCUUGGGUUUGUGCUUUACUCAGAACCAGAGCAGAUGCCUCGAAUUGUCUCGUUGCUCUCUGAGUCUUAUAACCCACACGUUCGCUAUGGUGCGGCUCUUGCAGUUGGCAUUUCUUGUGCUGGCACUGGCCUGAGUGAGGCCAUAUCAUUGCUUGAGCCUUUGACAUCAGAUGUUGUUGAUUUUGUUCGUCAAGGUGCCCUUAUAGCAAUGGCUAUGGUUAUGGUCCAAAUUAACGAAGCCAGUGAUACUCGUGUCGGAGCAUUCAGACGGCAAUUGGAGAAAAUAAUACUUGAUAAGCAUGAAGAUACAAUGAGCAAGAUGGGAGCUAUCUUGGCCUCUGGGAUCCUAGAUGCUGGUGGGAGGAAUGUGACCAUAAGAUUACUUUCUAAGACAAGACAUGAUAAGGUCACUGCAGUUGUUGGUCUUGCAGUGUUCAGCCAGUUUUGGUAUUGGUACCCCCUCAUCUAUUUCAUAAGCUUGUCAUUCUCUCCCACAGCUUUUAUUGGCCUGAACUAUGGCUUGAAAGUUCCAAGUUUUGAAUUCUUAUCACAUGCAAAACCUUCACUCUUUGAGUAUCCAAAACCAACUACAGUACCCACCACCACAUCUGCUGUGAAACUUCCAACAGCUGUUCUGUCAACAUCAGCAAAGGCAAAAGCUAGGGCUAAUAAGAAAGAGGCAGAGCAAAAGGCUAAUGCUGAGAAGUUACCUGGUUCUGAGUCCAAAGGAAAAUCAAGUGAGAAAGAUGGGGAGUCGAUGCAGGUUGAUACCCCUGCAGAGAAGAAAACAGAACCUGAGCCAGCCUUUGAAAUUUUGACAAACCCAGCAAGAGUUGUUCCAGCUCAGGAAAAAUUCAUCAAGUUCUUGGAAGAUAGCAGAUAUGUGCCAGUAAAGUUAGCCCCAUCUGGGUUUGUUCUCCUGAGAGACUUGCGUCCAAAUGAACCCGAGGUACUUUCUCUAACAGACACACUUGCACCCACGGCAUCAACUGCCGCUGGAUCAGGUGCAGGGCAGCAGGGUUCUGCAUCUGCCAUGGCUGUCGAUGAGGAACCUCAGCCACCCCAGCCAUUUGAGUACACCUCAUAAUUCAUGUUUCAUUGAUUUGGACUAGUGUUGCAGUUCUCUUUUUCUGGACUUGGGUGUAAAUUUUUGAACUUAUUAUUUUUAGUUGUACGCAUAACUUUUGUUGUAUUUUCAAAGUAAGUUCUGUACGUUUACUUCUUUCAGGGUUUCCUUUCUCCAUUGAUUGAUAUCUCAAUCCUAAUUUCCAACAUUAUUAUGCUAUAUAAUAACAUAUCAUAUUACAU